CCUGUUUGAACUGUGAGGUCUCUGAAAGGAAAUGUGUGAACAGCACCAGCUGGUCUAGAAGUGGCUGAGUUUAAGAAGAAGGCUUUAAGAAUGACUUCACAGAAGUACUUUGCGAGUGUUUAAAUGGACCUUGCAUUCUGAUGAGGACCCAGAGCGACUGGAACAAAUCCACUCUCAUUCUUAUCUUCGUGCUGUGUUACAUGGGCUUUUGUUUGCAGGCUGAAGCGGUCACCAUAACAACCCCUCACCUCAGUAUCAAUGCCUCAGUGCAGGAUGAUGUACUGUUCUCUGUGGCCUACUUGUGCUGGGGAACUCCAACCAUUCAGUGGAGAUUUAUGUCCGUAUCCAGAAUCCAGAGCAUCGUUGUCUGGCAGCCUGAAGUGUAUGAGAACAUUUCCGAUGCUUACAAAGACAGACUGCACACAUACGACAAUGGCUCUAUAAUGCUGCAAGACCUAAGCCUAAAAGACUCUGGAUAUUAUGUGAUAACUGUGACAGAACCCUCUGGAACCAGUAAGGAUGCUGUCAUCAUACUAAAAGUUACCGAGAACCUCUAUGAGGACCUACAUUUUUUAGCUGUCUUCAUUACAGCUCUCGGAGCCAUAGCAGGAUUUUUGAUGUUGUCCAUGUGGUUAUUGGAUAAAGUUGUGAACAGGAUAAAACUGAAGCAACGGAACAGAAGACAGAUAGAACAAGAGGUCAUUGAGCUGCAACCACUUGAUGGAGAAAGUGAAUCACAUAUCAGCAAGGAGGAUAGCUGAUCACCUGAAGUGAUCACAAAUGUGCUUUCCCCUUUCUCUACAUUAAAACCGGAUUCUUUAUAUGUGGACACCAUGAACACAUGCUUUAUUGUAUGAAAAGCAAUUGAACAAACCAGCUGAGGAACAAACUUUUUUUAUCCCCAUUUCAUUGCGCAUGUCCUCAAUUUCCUCUCGUGUUUUGCAAAGAACGAGUGAGACGCUGAUGAAUGCUGAUAAGCCCCAUGGAUCAUUAUCACAGCCAUCUGAAAGUACAGUCCACAGUGGGCAGACUGCUAAUUAAACAGAAGCAACGCAAA